AUGGCCGGCAGUCGAAGUUUCUCCGUGGCUAGCGAGCUCUCUUUAUUCCCACACAGCGGUCUUCCCACUCCGACCCUCAGUCCGCCUCUCUUCGCUCGAUAUCUCUCACCCAUUCAACCUCAAACUCGCCCUCCAUCGCGGCAAGCCUUCACACCAGUGGACCCUUCCAAACUCCAUCCGCAGAGCUAUGGUGCGCCGCUCUCACAGAAACCACAUGCGACGCCGGAUGAUGAGGAAACUGUGUGUAUCAAGCUGUUGGCGCAUCUGAAGAGGCACGGACAAGACGAAUCACAACAUCACGAAACCCAAAUUGAACUUCUGAAAAAAAGCAACGCCGCCGUGCGAAGAAUCCUACAAAAUAAGAUGCUCCGCUCCGACUACGCAUGCCAGCUAGUUCUUUCAAGCAUUGUGAACCACCUGGUCUGCCUAUGUGAGCGGCUCUGCGGGCAAUCGAGACUGGACGCCGACGAGGCGAGAAACGCCAAUUCACAAUGCCUGCAAGACCAACUUCAUUUCGAAGCAGGCCCACCGUUUGCCAACUAUGCAAUCCAGCAUCAACCUUGCAGUCCAUCAGAUCAAGAGAUGAUGGUGGCCUUGGUCGAGGAUGUCUUGUACUUCACAUCGAGCACAGGCGAUAUGCUGAAAAAGAAGCCCAUAAGUGGAUUCCAGACCCUUGGGAGGCAUGAAACAUUCCAUGUCGAAUUAGAGCAGAGAUUGAAGCGAGCCAUUGCCUUGAUUCGAAGCUGA